AUGUCCUCAACCGUCACUGCUACUGACCUCGACGAGAGGCCACACUUUGGGGGGAUCGCACUAUCCGAUCAAGACUACGGCUGUAUCGGCGACAGAAUCCCCAACCUGUGGUAUCCUGAGAGUCUUCAGCUCGCACUCUUGGGGGUCGAUGAGUCAUCCGGCAUGGAACUCGACCUAGGGCCAUCUCUGCCUAGAGACUUGACUACACCAGAGCUUUCUCAAUCCACAACGGUUGAGCAGGGUGACCCUCUGAGCCCUGAGACAUGCUCGGUUAGUGGUACACCCACAAGGGUAGACUCGCGUCUACCAGCAUUGGCCCCUAUUGAAGAGCGUGCCGGUAUCGAACCUCAGAGAACUGGCCGCAUCGGACCUCGUAUGAGUAUGGGAAAUGAUACUACGAUGGAUGAUACUAGAAGUAUCUCUUCAGUCGACUCUCGUCGAGAGAAACGAACAAGCCCGUUGUCGAGAUUCCCUGGUCAGCAGACUUUCGAAGAUAUCCGACCCAAAGAGCCCUCGCUGGCCUUCGUCAUACCGGCUCCGCGUGGCCCCUGCCGCGUGGUCAACAACUUUUUCAUCUCAUAUGCUGGGCAGGGAUGCUUUCCUACUAACCAGGUCGAGGCUUCUGUGUCAUCCCCUUGUGAGCCAGCAUGUUGCCCGCUGCAGCCGACCCUCCCACAGCAGUACCAAAUGGCAGGACCCGGAAAUGUGAAGAUGUGUCCGUCUCACGGUCAAUGCGGAUCGACCUCCCAAGACUUCACUCGUAACGCUUCCAACAUUGUCACUAAUAAUUUCUAUCUCACACUUGCUCGACACGCUGGCCGUGCUCCCACUGGUCCGAUGAGCAUGGCUACCAGUCGGUCCACUAGUCAGAAGCGGAAGCGGGAAUCGACCUCUCCUGACUCAGACCCUCUCUGUGCUACGCCGAGGAAGAAUCUUUUCGGAUGCCCUGUAGAUGAGGGUCUCGGUCUACCUCCUACCACACCUAAGAGCUCGCGGCCGUCGGCGAAGCGCCAUAACUCCGGCACACCGAAGCGGCCGGGAGAAUCUUCCAGGGAAGAGUUCCAAAUCUUCACUGUCGGUUCGCGUCGAGACUCUUUACUACGAGGCCGGCCAUCAACCAGAGGCCGCGCUUCAAUAGCCACCAAUCGCAGCAGUUGUGGUACCCGCAUGAGUAUGGGGGAGGUGGUUGAUCAGCUCGAGUUGCCCUCUACUGGAGGCAAGGGGCGUGACUCAUUACCAAGAGACACUCGUGGCGAUCGAGGACCAGUCAAGAACCUAUUCAAAGAGUUCACUGAAGAGAAGCAAGAUGAUCCGAAAGCUGCUAAAUUGCCAACUCCUCCAGUAGCCACGGUUGGAGCUACGACUAAGUUACCGAUACCUGAGGAGUUAAAGAAGGCUCAGCCAUCCGUCAGUGCAGGCAAACGGUCGCUACCAAGCCAUUACAAGACUGUGUUGGAUCAAUUCAGAAUGCUCGAUGAGGUUCUCUCGCUAUUCCGAGUUCGUAGCCAAGUGCCCUACUACCUGCAACUCAAGGCUGGUGUCGAACGGGCUAGCGGGAAGCGGUUCGCUAAGGGACGACUACUUCAAGUUGUGUUUGCGGCCGGUGGCCUCCUCGAGCUGGAGUGGCGUGAGAAAGAAUGUGAAGUCGACUCUAUGGGCACGAGCCCGCUUCGGCGUCUAGUCGUUAUCCAGAGAGAUGCCACUGGUGCUAUACUGACUAAACGACUUGAUGCCAAGGAGGCGCUGGCGAGAGCUGACGUUGUUCGAGCGCAGCUCGAGAAGCUUCUAGCGGAGCAGGAAAGGAGUUGCAGUGACCCGAAGAAGUUCCUCACUGAUGAGGCUGAUCCGGUGCCACAAGCAGUAUUACCAAGCAACCCUUAUGAGGCUUCUCCGACAGUAAACUCGACACCGGUCCUCCGCGGUCGAGGAACACCGAGUCCAGAUGUGACGCCGCAGACGCCUUGUAGCCUAAUGCUCUCGGGAGUUCGAGCGAGGCGGCGAGAGAGGCUUGAAUUGAGUUCGUCUCCAUUUGUACCGGUUAUUCUUCCGCAGCUGUCCGAGCCCAUGACUCCAGCUCGUACUCCCUCCGUCCGAAACAACAUCCGGAGUCGAUCAGCGAGCAAGACGCCGGCUGAGCGACGGCAAGAGAUGAGGGAGAGGGUCCGGGCCAAGGAAGCGAAGGAGAAAGAAGAUGCACAAAUCUAUGAAGAGGACCUGAAAUGGCGCGAGCAACUCAGCUUCUUCGAACUUCUGUCUUCAAUCGUAUCAGAGCUCAGUCGUCUUUUCUUUAUGAGAGAGCAUCCCUCGAUGAAGCUACAAGACGUGGUGAAGCACUUCAUGUCGGCCAAUGGCGGUGGGCGACGGUACAAGGCACUUGGGACUCGAGUCAUGGAGGACUAUCUUCGGCAGACGGCUGACUUAGCGCCGGAAUGGAUCAAGAUCGUUCAUAGCACGAUCGAUAAUAGAACGGAGAUGCUGAAGAUGAACAUGUCGGCAAAAUCCAAGGCCGUCCUCAGCAAAAUUAAGGAUAAAAAGGAAGCGUUGACCGCCGAAUACACCGAGUGGCAGUCGAAGCUUCCGACAUCUCCGCGACUUAUACCUUCAACCGGCGGAUAGUCAGCACACUACCAAUAUCUGCUACUGCGAUUCUGAAUGAAGCUCGAUGUCUUCUGCCAAUGAUGCUGCAUGUCAU